GCUUCUGUUACUAGUGAGGGGAAGAUGGCGGACGCAACCGUGGUGCUUCCCGCAGAGUGGAUAAAGAACUGGGAGAAAACAGGGAGAUGCGAAUUCUUGCAUUUAUGCCGGCUUCUCAGUGAAAAUAAAAGCCAUGACAGUUCUACUUACAGAGAUUUUCAGCAAGCCUUGUAUGAGUUAUCAUAUCAUGUCAUUAAAGGAAAUUUAAAGCAUGAACAAGCAUCUAAUGUUCUUACUGAUAUUAGUGAAUUUCGCGAGGAUAUGCCCUCCAUUCUUGCUGAUGUAUUCUGCAUACUAGAUAUUGAGACAAAUUGCUUAGAAGAAAAAAGCAAGAGAGACUAUUUUACACAAUUGGUAUUAGCAUGUUUGUAUUUAGUUUCAGACACAGUUCUAAAGGAACGUUUGGAUCCAGAUACAUUGGAAUCAUUGGGGCUUAUCAAACAAUCACAGCAAUUCAAUCAAAAGUCAGUUAAAAUCAAGACAAAGCUCUUCUAUAAACAGCAAAAAUUCAAUUUAUUAAGAGAAGAGAAUGAAGGUUAUGCUAAGCUGAUUGCUGAAUUGGGACAAGAUUUAUCUGGAAAUGUUACUAGUGAUUUAAUCUUAGAAAAUAUCAAGUCUUUAAUUGGAUGCUUCAAUCUGGAUCCCAACAGAGUACUGGAUGUCAUUUUAGAAGUAUUUGAAUGCAGGCCAGAACACGAUGACUUCUUUAUAUCUUUAUUAGAAUCUUACAUGAGUAUGUGUGAACCGCAAACACUGUGUCAUAUUCUUGGGUUCAAAUUCAAGUUUUAUCAGGAACCAAGUGGUGAGACUCCAUCAUCUUUAUACAGAGUUGCAGCUGUACUUCUACAAUUUAAUCUUAUUGAUUUAGAUGAUCUUUACGUACAUCUUCUUCCAGCUGAUAGUUGCAUUAUGGAUGAACAUAAACGAGAAAUUGUGGAAGCUAAGCAAAUUGUUAGAAAACUUAACAUGGUUGUAUUGUCUUCUGAAAAAAUGGAUGAGAGAGAAAAAGAAAAGGAGAAAGAUGACGACAAAGUAGAGAAGCCACCUGACAACCAAAAACUUGGUUUACUAGAAGCCUUGUUAAUGAUUGGUGACUGGCAGCAUGCACAGAAUAUUAUGGAUCAGUUGCCUCCAUACUAUGCAGCUUCACAUAAACAAAUAGCUUUGGCUAUUUGCAAGCUCAUUCACAUAACUGUUGAGCCUCUCUAUAGAAGAGUUGGUGUUCCUAAAGGUGCUAAAGGCUCACCUGUUGAUGCUUUGCAAAAUAAGAGAGCACCAAAGCAAGCAGAGAGCUAUGAAGAUUUGAGGAGAGAUGUAUUCAAUAUGUUCUGUUACCUUGGUCCUCACCUUUCUCAUGAUCCCAUUUUAUUUGCAAAAGUGGUGCGCAUAGGCAAGUCAUUUAUGAAGGAGUUUCAGUCUGAAGGAACCAAACAAGAAGAUAAAGACAAAACGGAAGUUAUCCUUAGCUGUUUGCUUAGUAUUACUGAUCAGGUACUACUUCCAUCUCUUUCUUUGAUGGACUGCAAUGCUUGUAUGUCUGAGGAACUGUGGGGAAUGUUUAAAACAUUUCCCUAUCAACAUAGAUACCGUCUGUAUGGCCAGUGGAAGAAUGAAACCUAUAAUGGUCAUCCACUUUUAGUAAAAGUUAAAGCUCAAACAAUAGACAGAGCUAAAUAUAUCAUGAAGCGUCUGACCAAGGAAAACGUGAAACCUUCAGGAAGGCAAAUUGGGAAGUUAAGCCACAGCAAUCCAACCAUUUUGUUUGAUUAUAUCUUGUCACAAAUACAGAAGUAUGAUAACUUAAUAACACCUGUGGUUGAUUCAUUAAAAUAUCUUACUUCAUUGAAUUAUGAUGUCUUGGCCUAUUGUAUCAUAGAAGCUUUAGCUAAUCCAGAAAAGGAGAGAAUGAAGCAUGAUGACACAACCAUCUCAAGCUGGCUUCAGAGUCUGGCUAGUUUCUGUGGUGCAGUUUUUCGUAAAUAUCCAAUUGAUCUUGCUGGUCUUCUUCAAUAUGUGGCCAAUCAACUAAAAGCAGGCAAAAGUUUUGAUCUGCUUAUACUGAAAGAAGUGGUACAGAAAAUGGCAGGAAUUGAAAUUACAGAAGAAAUGACAAUGGAGCAACUAGAGGCCAUGACUGGUGGGGAGCAGCUCAAAGCUGAGGGUGGUUAUUUUGGCCAGAUCAGAAACACUAAAAAAUCUUCUCAGAGAUUAAAAGAUGCCCUAUUAGAUCAUGAUCUUGCUCUUCCUCUUUGUUUGCUUAUGGCUCAGCAAAGGAAUGGGGUAAUCUUUCAAGAGGGUGGAGAGAAACAUUUGAAACUUGUUGGAAAACUAUAUGACCAGUGUCAUGAUACCCUGGUACAGUUUGGUGGGUUUUUAGCAUCAAAUCUAAGCACAGAAGAUUAUAUAAAGCGAGUGCCUUCAAUUGAUGUGCUCUGUAAUGAAUUUCAUACACCCCAUGAUGCAGCAUUUUUUCUGUCUAGGCCAAUGUAUGCACACCAUAUUUCGUCCAGUGAGCCGGGGAGAAAUGCGGCACUCAGAAAGGAAGGCAGCUGGACUGUAAGGAGCAGAGAUUCUUAUUCAAAGUAUGAUGAACUUAAAAAAUCAGAAAAGGGAAAUAAACAGCAACAUAAAGUUCAUAAGUACAUUUCAUCAUGUGAGAUGGUGAUGGCUCCUGUCCAUGAAGCAGUGGUCUCCAUACAUGUUGCCAAAGUCUGGGAUGACAUCAGCCCUCAGUUCUAUGCCACAUUCUGGUCAUUGACGAUGUAUGAUCUUGCGGUUCCACAUUCCAGCUAUGAACGUGAAGUCAAUAAACUUAAAGUCCAGAUGAAAGCAAUUGAUGACAAUCAGGAAAUGCCUCCAAAUAAAAAGAAAAAAGAGAAGGAACGUUGUACUGCCCUUCAAGAUAAGCUUCUUGAAGAAGAAAAGAAACAAAUGGAACAUGUGCAGAGAGUUUUACAGAGACUGAAAUUGGAAAAGGACAAUUGGCUUUUAGCAAAAUCUACCAAAAAUGAAACCAUCACAAAAUUUCUACAGCUGUGUAUAUUUCCUCGAUGUAUUUUUUCAGCAAUUGAUGCUGUUUACUGUGCUCGUUUUGUUGAAUUGGUACAUGAACAGAAAACUCCAAAUUUUUCCACACUUCUUUGCUAUGAUCGAGUUUUCUCUGACAUAAUUUACACAGUUGCCAGCUGUACUGAAAAUGAAGCUAGUCGAUAUGGGAGAUUUCUUUGUUGUAUGUUAGAGACUGUGACCAGGUGGCAUAGUGAUCGAGCCACAUAUGAAAAGGAAUGUGGAAACUAUCCAGGAUUUCUUACUAUAUUACGGGCGACUGGAUUUGAUGGUGGAAAUAAAGCUGAUCAAUUAGAUUAUGAAAAUUUUCGACAUGUUGUUCAUAAGUGGCAUUAUAAGCUAACCAAGGCAUCAGUGCAUUGCCUUGAAACAGGCGAAUAUACUCACAUCAGGAAUAUCUUGAUUGUGCUAACAAAAAUACUUCCUUGGUACCCAAAAGUUUUGAAUCUGGGUCAGGCUUUGGAAAGAAGAGUACAUAAAAUCUGCCAAGAAGAAAAAGAGAAGAGGCCAGAUCUAUAUGCAUUGGCGAUGGGCUACUCUGGGCAGUUGAAAAGUAAAAAGUCAUACAUGAUACCUGAAAAUGAGUUUCAUCACAAAGACCCUCCUCCGAGGAAUGCUGUUGCCAGUGUACAAAAUGGCCCUAGUGGUGGGCCUUCUUCAUCAUCCCUAGGAAGUGCAUCUAAAUCGGAUGAAAGCAGUACUGAGGAGACUGAUAAAUCAAGGGAGAGAUCUCAGUGUGGUGUGAAAGCUAUUAAUAAAGCUUCUAGUGCCACACCAAAAGGGAAUUCAAGCAAUGGAAAUAGUGGCUCUAACAGCAGCAAAGCUGUUAAAGAAAAUGACAAAGAAAAAGGGAAAGAGAAAGAAAAAGAAAAAAAAGAAAAGACUCCAGCUACUACUCCAGAGGCCAGGGUACUUGGUAAAGAUGGUAAAGAAAAACCAAAAGAAGAGCGGCCCAAUAAAGAUGAAAAAGCAAGAGAGACCAAGGAAAGAACACCUAAGUCUGACAAAGACAAAGAAAAAUUCAAGAAGGAAGAAAAAUCUAAAGAAGAGAAAUUCAAGACAACUAUCCCCAGCACAGAAUCAAAAUCUACUCAAGAAAGGGAACGAGAGAAGGAGCCAUCCAGAGAAAGAGAUGUAACAAAGGAAAUGAAAUCAAAGGAAAAUGUUAAAGGAGGAGAAAAAACACCAGUUUCUGGGUCCUUGAAGUCGCCUGUUCCCCGAUCAGAUAAUGCAGAGCCUGAAAGGGAACAGAAACGCCGCAAAAUUGAUACUCAUCCUUCUCCGUCACAUUCCUCCACAGUAAAGGACAGUCUCAUCGAACUCAAGGAGUCUUCAUCAAAGCUCUACAUUAAUCAUACUCCUCCACCAAUGUCCAAGAGUAAGGAGAGAGAAAUGGACAAGAAAGAGUUGGACAAGUCAAGGGAAAGAUCCAGAGAAAGAGAGAAAAAAGAUGAAAAGGACAGGAAAGAGCGGAAAAGGGAUCACUCAAACAAUGACCGUGAAGUACCACCGGACUUAACCAAGAGGCGGAAAGAGGAAAAUGGAACAAUGGGGGUUUCAAAACACAAAAGUGAAAGUCCAUGUGAGUCUCCUUAUCCAAAUGAGAAAGACAAGGAAAAAAAUAAGUCAAAAUCUUCAGGCAAAGAAAAAAGUGGUGACUCAUUUAAAUCUGAGAAGAUGGAUAAACUAUCCUCCGGUGGCAAAAAGGAGUCCAGGCAUGAUAAAGAAAAGAUAGAAAAGAAAGAAAAACGGGACAGUUCAGGAGGAAAGGAAGAGAAGAAACAUCAUAAGUCCUCGGACAAGCACAGAUAAUGAAGACUUUCAAUCAAGGGUAUGGACAGGACCCCUAAGCUGAAGGUCUCCCAGAGGAGGAUGCUAAAGCUCCAUGCGCCACUCAGAACGGUAUCUUCCCUAACUAAGAGCUUCUGGUGCUGUCCAUUUAAUGGGAAUCUGCUUUAAGUCAGAAGAAGAAUAUAUACCACCAUCCUCUUGAUGAGACAUUCCAAAGUCACUGAUUUUCAGAACAUUAUUUUCACCUCCAGGCAUUUUCUUGCAGCAAGGCCCCUGUGCAUACAAUUUUUACUCAAGAUACGCCAUCCAGAAGCAGCAUCUAUUGAAAAAUUCACUGAAGUUUAGUUCAUCCUUCUUAGAAAGGAGAGGAAAUCAACUCCUGGAACUAGUUCCUUAAUGAUGUAGAUAGGCUGUCUUUGUAAUCAUGUGGUUUGAGGAUUUUGGCUUCUUUAAAAUUUUUUAAUUUCUGUUGUUCCUGAGAAAGAUCUUUAUAUAUUUUAACAGUAACAGCAAUUUUAUCUUUGCUUUUGCCGUUAAAUAUCUUGUCAAAGUUUACCUUGCCCAGUAACUCACUUCAUAUGACAUCUUCAUGGUUGAGAACCCAUAUCUAAUUCUUCUGAGUUUAGUCAUAUGGAUACCAUGAUGAUCUUUAUUAGAACAUUGGCUUUUUAAUUGAAAAAAUUGAUCUAAACUAUCCAUCUUAAACUGCCUAAUUGAGGAGUCUUUAUAUUUCCUAUGUUGUGCAUUCACCCCAUUGUGUAAUGUCAGAGCAUGUCAUCUUCAAAAGAAGCCUCAAAUGUGUUAAUCACUUUUUUAAUUUAAUUUUUUUACUUUAAUUACUUUACAGGUAGGUUCUUGAAUUUUUGUUCCAGGCCAACCUCAGACCGUGAUCCUCCUACCUAUGGCCUCCCACAUAGCUGGGAAGAUAGGCAUGUACAACUAUGCCUGGCAUAUUGGUUGAGAUGAGGUCUUGCUAACUUUUUGCUUGGGCUGGACUUGAACUGCGAUCCUCUCAAUCUCUGCCUCCUAAGUAGCUGGGAUUACUGGCAUGAGCCUCUUAAACCCAGCAGCAGUCAUUUUUAAUACUCCCCUUCCUCUGCCUCUGGAACUACUAAUGUACCUUCUGUCUAUGAUUUUGGAUAUUUCAUAUAAAUGGAAUCAUGUAAUAUUGUGGCCUUUUGUGUCUAGAUUCUUUUGCUUGGCAUCAUGUUUUCAAGAUUCAUCCAUGUUAUAGCAUGUAUCAAUGCUCCAUUCCUUUUUAAUGCUAAAUAUUUCACUGAAUGAAUGUGUAUCAUAUUUUGUUUAUUCAUUAUUUGAUGGACAGGAACAAUAAGUUUUUAAGUAUUAAAAUUGUAAGUUUAACAUCAGUGUAUCUGCAAUUAUAAUCGAUAAUGUCAAGGUUAUACAAGAUGUGAACAGAAUGAUGUGUAGAAAUGAUGUAAAUUAUUUGUCAGCAUUUCAUGCAAGUGUGAUUAUUUUCUAAGGCCUCUUCUCACUCUGAUAUUAUGAAAUAUAUGAAUGUAGUAUUUUCAUCAAUAAAAUUUGAUGCAUUAAGCAUUAGUUUAAAAUUUGAGUGAGCAAUGUUAGGCAGAAGAAUAAUUUGCUACAUAUUGUAAUCAUGUUUUGAAUUUAUUUCAUUAUGCAGUAUUUGAAAAAUGUCAAUACAUAAAGGAAAUGAGUA